GAACGAAAUCCCUCCCCAGACCCUAUCAGUUGGGUGGAUUUGACGGACCCUCCCGAUCCCGUCCCCUCUCCUCCUCCUCCCCCUCCACCCGCCGCCACCCUCUCCUCCGGCCAGAUCGCCCUGUCGCUCCGUCUCGAUUCCUUUCGUCUGCCAAGGCAGACCCGCCUCGGUCCCUCUCCUCCGCCCAGAUCUUCCCAUCCCGCUCCAUCUCCUUCGCCGAGGACGACAUCCCUCUCCUCCGGCAAGGUCGCCGCCGCAGCUCCUCGCCCUCGUCAAUCCCUUCUCAUCCACUGCAAUCUUUUGCCGGAUCCGUCCACCCUUUGCCGCCUCUACUGCAGAUCGAUCCUGUGGCACCGCCCUGCAGAUCCCGACCUCCAAGCCAAGACCUAGUUCCACCUUCGGCACCUUGCAAGUUGCUGAAGUUCAAAUUAGGCAAUGGAUCUGGACACAGAGAAUCGUCUAGCUUCAUUACUCCUUGAAGAAGCACGGAGAUUACAGUCAGAGGCUGACAGGGAAGGUGUUCAUGCAUAUCUGCGAAAGCCCAAUGUUAGGCAUCGUCCAAACUCCCGGUUCCUCACAGCCACAGUUCGUGGAGUUCAACAAGCAAACCGUGUUGUGGAGGUUGAUGAAAUGUGGCGUGCCAGGGAGAAGGAACUUGAACUUGAGUGUAAGCUGAAAAGAAGAAAUAAAGAGCGUGGUGACUCCAGAGGGGAGAAACGCAAAGGUGACUCGAGAAAUAUGAGUUCCAGCUCAAAGAUUGAGGAAGGAACUGCUUAUAAUAGUUCUUACUCAGACCAGGAUGAUGGUCUAGGGGAUGAUGAAGUUGAAAAGUUUCUGCAUUCAAGGGUAAAGCGAGGAAGAGGUGCGGUUGGCUCUAGGAUGGACGAACCUGGUCCAUACCUAAAGGCUUCAUCGCAUUGUCGAGACAAAGAACCUAGCCCGGAUAUACGUUUGGAAGAGAAAUGGGAACGCCGAGUGCAAGGUCCGGAGAGGCCACUGUUUCUGAGAUCCAAGUCUCCCGAUGAUUGUUGGCAUAAGGAAACAUUGGAUGAUAAGCCAUCCAGCUCUUGUGAGCCAGAACCACACAGGAAGAAGGAAAAUAAAAAGGGGAGGAGAUCGUCGGAGAAAAAAGAGAGAAAGGAGAGAAAAGACAAGAAGAAAGCCAAGCAUCGGCACUGCCACCACCACCAUCACAAAAGCCGAAGAAGGGAGUGAUGUGCCCCAUUGCUGAACUACAAUUUGUACUACAUAAGAAAGGGUUCUGUGUUACUGAAAGAUGCUGCUAUUGCUUGUUCGCUGGGAACCUGUGUUGUAACUAAAACUCCGCCAGUGCGCACUGUGCCCCGUGUUUAGACAUGUUAUGUGUUGCUCAGAGUUGAACUUUCUUUGCCUAUAACAUGAUUGGCAUCUGAUGAGAUGAGAGUGAUCGUUUUCGCUUCUGUGA